CGAACUAGCAGUCCUCGGACUCGUGGUUUGGAGUCUGCGAUGGCCGGUCGGAGAAGCGGCGGAAGCGGUUUUAGGGAGGUUUUAGGGCUGAAGCAUCGGAGGGGGAAAAAAAAAAUGGCAGCUUCCGUCGCUGGAAGAUCCGCAUUUCUCUGCGCUGCCUCGAGAGCGACGACGAGGACUGCUAGCUCGACGCUCAGAGGAGCAGUUCCCGCAUCGCCUCGUCCUUCGGGAUGUCCCAAUUUCACACUUCCUCGGACUCGGAUUUCUCCUCCUCCUCCGUCGUUCAGGUUGAUGCGGCGAGAGCUGAGCUCUCUCCUUCCCGUCCACAGCGCCAUUGCUUCUGCUCGGCUUGUAUCGAAGCUCCCCAGCGAAGUCAACUUUUCCGCUGAAGGCAGGUUCGCUAACUAUCUGAGUCCCAUCUGAAGUUGGUGCCUGCGCAAAACAUAGAGAAUGGCCCUUACUUCUUCAGAGCUGCUGGAUAAUUCAUUCGGCGGUCAGAAUAGGCUUUCCAAAGAUUUUAUCUUUCCAUUCAACCAUACUUUCAUGUUAGAGUGAUUUUGGUUUUUGUGUAGCAUUCUGUAUGGUGACUUUUGUUCUAUUUCGGAAAGGGAAUGAUGGAGUGCAAUUUUAUUUUUCCCAAAUAAAUGCCAUAUGAGUUAUGUAAGUACACUGCGAGACUCAAUGUGCAGUACUAAUGAAAUGACGUGAUGUAGUUGGUUGUGUUCAAUGAAGCCUUCUAUCACCAUGGUGAUACAAUGCCACUUUUGCUUUGGA